UCUUCUUCUUCUUCUUCCUCUUUCAUCACAUCUUCUGUAUCAUUGAUGUGAUUUUUCUGAGAAUUUUCUUCCAAUUGGACUCAAUGUGGACAUAUAUAUGAUUCUAGUUACCUAUUUGAAAUGUCAAUGAAAGAGUUACAAACCACAUCUUCCUCUUCCUCUUCCUGUCACAUCUUCCGCGUCAUUGACUCGAUCGGUAUUCAUUCAUUAUGUCUUCUACCUAUAUAUGUAUCAUAUCGCCCCACAACAGUUCAAGUUGUACACAGGGACAGUUCACCAUGUAUAUAAGUCGUCGUCCAAUCCAGUCUGCAAUUCAAGUACUCGAUUGAUCACACGAUAUCUUCAGUACAUUAUGGCUCUGGUUUCAAAUCAGAUCCGAUCAGAUCAGAUCAGGCCGGCUAGUAUCUAUAACCUGCCUUAGUUACUUGCCAAUGUUAUCAUAAAAAGUGUAUUGUCUGCAUGAAUUGAAGGAGUACCAUUUCCAAGACGUUAUCAAGUGAAUGCAUUAACUACAAUUACACAGAAAGAUCAGUCUGUAACACAAGGAACCAAUUCAAACAAGUUGAGUUCAAGAAUGGCAGAUAUAUUCAGUACAGUUCAAUUCACCAUAGAAUUACUGUAUCCAUUAAUCAAAGAUGAAGUGUCCUUAUUAUAUUAUUUACGAGACCAAGUUACAGGCAUCCGCGAUGAGCUGAGCAGCAUGUUAGCUUUGCUAAGUGACGCGGAGGAGAGAGCCGAGGAUAACAACUCUGUAAAAGAAUGGGUGAAACAAGUGAGAACAUUGGCUUAUGAGAUAGAAGAUGUCAUUGAUGAAUAUAAACUUUUCCAGAAAGAAAAUCGUUUUGGUAGGAUUAAGCAGUAUAUGUCACUGAAUGUUCGAAGCAUUGCCACUACCAUCGAGUCCUUGCACAAAAAGGCAAUCGAGACUGGUAGGAGGAAACACUCCUACUUCAACUCCUACAGGUUAAACAGUGGUGGAAGUUGUGGCAGUUGUGGUGGCAGUUGUGGUGGUAGUAGUAGUAGCGCCACCAGUGUCAUCGUUGAGCAGGAUCAACAUGACAGUAUCAGAAUCCAGGAAUCUGAUAUUGUGGGUGCUGAAACUGGUAGAAUAGAUAUCAUUGAGUUGUUAGGGUUACAAGAGCUAGACGAUUCAAGGCUAUAUUCUCCGGUGAUAGCCGUGAUUGGUAUGAGAGGUGUUGGAAAGACGACUGUUGUUGGGAGUGUUUAUCAUGCUGCAGUAGUAAAAGACUACUUCCCUAUCCGUGCAUGGGUUCCUGUAUCUGGGUCUUAUAACCAUGUUGACAUACUAAGAAACAUGAUCAAGCAAUUCUAUGAGGCAGCUAACGAACUCGAGCUGCUUCAUAAUAAGAUGUCAGCUUCCAGGAUCAAUGAAUACAGGUCAGAUCAGAGUACUAAAGAAACUUACACUGAUAUUUACAGGAUUGAUUCAAUGGACGAAAUAUCCUUGCAGAAUCUUGUAAGAAGCUAUUUGAAGGAGAAGAGGUACAUGGUGGUUGUUGAUGACGUUCAAGAUCAAGAUAGGGGCAGGGAGUUGGCAAUUUACAUCAAAAGUGUUUUGCCAACAAGUAAUAACAACAAAGGCAGCAAAAUAUUGAUGACUACACGCUACGAGAAUGUGGCCCGAGCUUGGCUUGAUGGUUCCAACCACGGUUUAUACAAACUCGAACCUCUAAAACCAGAGAAGGCAUGGGAGUUAUUCUGCAAGAAGGCAUUUCAAAGACAUAAUGGACAAUGUCCCCCCUUCUUGUGUGAUCUAGCCAGCGACAUUGUCAAAAGAUGCGAAGGUUUACCACUCAUAGUUUCAGAAAUGGGACGUUUUCUGUCCACGAAAUCAGAUGACACGCACGAAUGGAAGAAAGUCCAUCAAAGCCUCGGGUUUUACCUAGAACAGAAUCUAACAGGAAUUCACAGUAUCCUGAUUCGCAGUUAUCACAGUUUGCCCCGUCACCUGAAGCCUUGUUUCCUGUACUUUGGUUUGUUUCCACAAGGCAUCAGUCGAAUGAGACUCAUUCGAUUAUGGAUAGCUGAAGGUUUUAUACAAUGUAGCAACAGGUUGACACUGGAAGAAGUUGCAGAAGAAUACAUUGAUCAACUUCUUGGUAUGAGUUUGGUUGAAGUUCAACACAGAGAUGAAACUGGAAAACCUAAAAGCUUAAGAGUCCAUGAAUUCUUGCUUGAGAUAAUCCUUUCUAAGGCAAAGGAGUUGGGUUUUUUACAAACUCACCCAGAAAAGAAUUCCAACAUUGCUGAUGAUCCACGACGUUUGUCCAUCCACAACUCUAAUGCAGUUGCAAAUCCUGCAAUGGAGAUUAAUAUCGGAAUCAAGUUGAACAUCCGGUCUCUUCUAAUAGUAACAGAGCCUGCAAGAGCACAAGAGAAGUUAUGGACAAAGGUGUUACCUAAAGCAUUGAGCAACACUCGUCUGCUGAAAGUUCUUGAUUUGAGUAAUGCCCCCAUUGAUGAACUUCCCAAGGAAGUUUGGAGACUAUUUAACUUACGCUACUUAAGCCUAAGAAAUACGCGAGUUAAGAGGAUUCCAAACUCUAUUGGUAAGCUUCAAGAUCUCCAAACAUUGGAUUUGAAAGGAACUUCAAUUUACGAGCUUCCUGUUGAUCUUAACACGCUCCACAAGCUACGCCAUCUUCUUACAUACAGCUAUAACUAUGAAUCAGCUUUUAGCCUCACCUGGAAAGUGAUAGGAGUGAAAUUUCCAGAAAAGGCAUUGGAGAAAUUAGGGGAAUUACAAAAGCUAGCAUUUGUUGAUGUGGGUGAUAGAAGUACAGUGAUCAAUGAGCUAAGAAAUUUGAGGCAACUGAGAAAGCUAGGAAUCAUGGGGCUCAAGAUGACAGACGGGAAAGAACUCUGUGCUGCAAUUGAACAGAUGGAAUGCCUUGAAGCAUUAAGUGUAUAUUCAAAAUACAAUGAAUUGAUUGAUUUAGAGUAUUUCCGGUCACCUCCUUCAACACUUAAACGCCUCUAUCUGAAUGGACCGUUGACAUUCUUCCCAAGCUGGAUCCUCGAACUCCACAGCCUAGUGAAAAUUCGUCUAAGGUGGUCAUGUUUAGACGAUGUGAAUCCUCUUGGAUUCCUAGAAACAUUGCCUAAUUUAGUUGAACUUCAGUUGUUAGACGCAUACUGUGGUGACAACUUAAAAAUUAGUAAUCAAGGGUUCAAGAAGCUCAAGAUCCUACAUCUCCUUGAUUUGAAAGCUCUCGUGUUGUUUUCUAUAGACAAAUGUGCUUUGGCUCUACUUCAGCUGAUGGAAAUCAAGGGAAGUCCGAGACUGCAGGUGCCAUUGGGACUCGAGUAUCUCCCUAGGCUAGAAACACUCAUUUUCCGUGAUAUGCCACUGGAUUUUGAUCUUAGCCUUCAAAAAGAUGGGCAACAUUAUUCCGUUGUCAAACAUGUACCUAAUGUUUUAUUUCUGAAGACCGGCAAAAUGUUCUGAUACGAUUAGGGAGGACGCCGAGGGUGAGUUCAAGAUCUUGGUAGUCGACCACACAUUGGAGUUGAGCUGCUUAGGAAGGGCGGGAAAAGGAUUGGUAUUUACUAAUUCAACAGAAGUGGUUUGUUUGGUGACUUGAGAGUUUGGAUUUUGUUAAAAUUGCCUUGUUUAUUAGGAUUUUGGCUUGCAGGUUUUUGAGCUUCACUUGAAGUCGGUUUUCCGGUUUAAGCCAAGGAUAAACUUUAAGCAUUUUAGUUAUUGUUAAGUAGUUUUCCUAGUCCUAUUGUUAUUAGGAUUCCUACCUAAAAAAGGAGGACCUUGUUUCCGUUUUAUUCAUUGAAGUUUGAUACUUGGGGUUUUGAGUGUUUUUGUUAAAAACAUAUUUUGGCAUGAUUUGUGUGUGAGAUUUAUUAUGAGCU